GUCUCCAGACGCUAUAUGUACAGCACAUCAUCACCCCUUCUAGACCUUCUCAUCUGCAAGUCAUCUUAGAAAGAUGGAUAACCCUUUUAUAUCCGUAAGGAAAUAUAUCAAGUGGGGAGAUGAGCCGAGAGGCGAAAAUACAAACACCCUAGUCCUAACAACCCGCUCAAAACACUACAUCGACAUCCGCAUCCAUCUCCCCCUCCCCCUGCCCAACGACCCCUCAGAUGCCACAGCAAUCAACCGCCUCGAAUGGGCCUUCGCAGGGACAUGCCACUCCACGCCAGCGAAGCUCUCCCGCACAGGCGAGCUCCUGAAACCAGCGCAUACGGUGUGGAAGCAUUGGGUUGACAGUAACAAUGAUGGGAAAGAGGAGGUGAAGGAUGAGGGGGAUAUGUAUCCGCAGAGUGAUGGGUCUGUGCUGGAGUAUGGCGAGAUGGUUAAUCCGGCGAGGGGGAGGAGGAUGAAGUAUGAGGAGUGUUGGGAGGAUGUUGAGGCAAGGCUAGUCGGUGUGGAGGAGGAGUUUGUUUCUUGGAUUUUGAUUUGUGAUGAUGAGGAGGGUGGGAGGAAGGGUAUGUUGGUUAGGGUGGGCGAUGUGAUUCAGGGGUUGGUGCGGGACGGAGCGGGAAGUAGGAUUGUGAGGUGGGAGUGGAGGGCUGGAGAGAAUGAGGAGGAGGAAGAGUGGGAGAGGACGGUGGGGAUUGGGAGGUUGGAGGUCCCUGGUGUUCUGUUUGAGGAGGGGAAGAGGGUCGAGAAGGGGGAUGAGUUGAUGGGAAGUGAUGGUGUGGAUUGGGUUUGUGUUGAGGCUUUUGAGUGGAGUUGA